AUGGGCCGUGUACAUCUUUCUGCCAAACAUCAACGCGACAGGAAGAAGGUGAAGCGCAUCUCGGCCGAAGAUCCAGACUCAUCAAAACCUGCUGUUGUGAAAGCCAAAAGAGCGAGGCCAAUCAAAAAACGAGGCCGGCACGCAGAAAGGGAGAUCCUGGCCAUGUGUUUGUCCUCUCUCAAACAGUCGCACGAGAAGACUGAUGUGCAAAUUCGCCAUUUGGCUGAUUUCGGGUUCAAGAAUAUACAAGGAGGGGCAGGUAAUAACCGCCCUGCUCGCAACAGUUUGCUCGACAUCCUGGCUGACAUAGACAGGAACCAGAUUGAGAUUGCUACUUGGAUGGACGUCAUGGAGAAGGCUCUCAACCCUGAGCAAUAG